AUGAUGCGUGAAACUAAGCCUCCAGUUAGGGGUAAAACUUCUCCCUAUGGAUUUUUUGUAAAAAUGUGUUACGAAGAGCAUAAAAAAAAGUAUCCAACUGAAAAUGUCCAAGUAACAGAAAUUUCAAAAAAAUGUUCUGAAAAAUGGAAAACAAUGUCUGAUGAUGAGAAAAGACGUUUUUACGAGCUAGCACAAAAAGAUGCAGAAAGAUAUCAAGCUGAAGUAGCUGCAUAUGGCGGUGAUGAUGUAACUAAAAAGCGUAAAAGAACUAAAAAAGAUCCAAAUGCACCAAAACGUGCUUUAUCUGCAUUUUUCUUUUUUUCAAAUGAAAAACGACCGGAAGUACAACGUCAGCAUCCAGAAUGGAAAGUUGGACAGGUAGCACAAGAGCUAGGAAAGUUUUGGAAAAAUCUGCCUGAUGAAGAGAAGGCGAUUUAUGAAAAAAAGGCAACUGAGGACAAAGAACGAUAUGCAGAGGAAAUGAAAACAUACCGAGGCGAAAACGGCCCUUCUAGAGCGGGACAAAGUGGUUUAUCUACAUCUAAUGGUUCAGCAAUGACAGAUAUGAGUUUAGAAAAUCAGCACGAAGUUGGGGAUCUUCAUGACGAAGAUCUAUAA